AUGGAGGAAAUUCUUCAAGAAGGGCGGUUCGCCGGUCUAAUCAUGCAUCCGUCAUCCCUGCCAAAUAAACGUGGGCUCUCUGGGGAUUUCGGUAAAGGGGCUUAUGAGUUCGUGGACUACCUCGUUGCCGCCCGGCUCAACUACUGGCAAGUGUUGCCCCUAGGGCCGUGCCGGUACCUUGGGGAGCAACCAGGUUGCCCGUACCUAGCCACCAGUACAUUCGCUAUGAAUCCACUGUUCGUUUCGGUUGAGGCCCUAGUCGAUGAUGGCCUCAUCUCCGAUGAGGAGGUCACAAAGCUUCUAAAGAAAUACAAGAGCGAGGAGAAAAGGCCUUCCUCUGAAACUCACACGGAGACAUCAAAAGGCUCAUGCCAUGUCGACUUCGCUCGAGCGAUGGAAUUCAAGAAUGAUGUCUUGGCAGUGUGCUAUGAGAGGUUCAGGGAGGCUAAAGAUAAUGAACGGUACAAGGAUUUCUGUGCCAAGAACCACUUUUGGCUACAGGGAUAUGCUUGUUUCGAGGCCUUGCAGGCAAGGUUCCCUGAUGCGGCAACAUGGCUGGAGUGGCCAUCGGAAUACAGGAAUUACCGCCUCCUACGAAAAGACUCAGCGCUGCUGGAAGAGCUGGCUACACCAGCAGAAGUUGACGGCAAAACCAUCCCUCAGACAACACCGGCGUUUCAUAAAUUUGUGCAGUACAAAGUUUGCACGCACUGGAAGGACCUGCGCCAAUAUGCCAAUGAUCGAGAAAUAAAAAUUUUUGGAGACGUUGCGUUUUAUGUCAACUUGCAUAGCAGCGACGUAUGGAGCUACCCGGAAAUGUUCCAGAUGGAUCCCGAUACCAGUGAACCUCUGUACGUGUCAGGCGUACCACCAGAUCCAUUCUGCGCAGAUGGUCAGCUGUGGGGUCAUCCUGUAUAUGAUUGGAAGGCUCAUGAGAAGACGCAAUUUCGCUGGUGGACAAAACGCAUCAGGCUUACAUUCGAAAAAGUUGACGCUCUGCGGCUGGAUCACUUCCGAGGCUUCGUGGCAUACUGGAGAGUGCCCUAUGCUCAUGCGAUUGAGCAUAAAACAGCAAGUGAAGGAGAGUGGGUUGAAGGUCCAGGAGAGAAGCUGUUCGAUGCACUAUAUAAGAACAUGGGAUGGUUACUACCGAAAAAGGCUUUGCCAUCACAGUUGCCGAAGGACAAAAAUGGUCACAGCUCUGUGAUGAAGAAGCUCCGACAGUUGUGGGGCUUUGGCAGCCAUCAGGUACAACAGAUGCCCCCUCCUGGCUCGAACGCUGAUGUCGAUAUGUAUGAGCCCCGACUGACAUACCGCGGCACGGCGCCUAUGAUUGUUGCAGAAGAUUUAGGGUUCAUCACGGAAGAAAUUGUCAUCCUCAGGGACAAGUUCAACAUCCUGAGCAUGAGGGUGAUGCAGUUCGCUUGGGGAGAUACAGAUAAGGGUCCCAACUGCGAACACCUGCCGUACAACGUCACCCGCAAUUGUUGCGUCCAUACCGGGACACAUGACAACGACACGGUUGUCGGUUGGUGGAAGACUGCCUCUCCGGAACAGAAGAUCCACAUGACAAACUAUCUAGGUCUUGACAAGGAACCAACUCCCGAGGAAGCUCACUGGCACGUUGUUCGCCUUGCAAUGGAGACAGUAGCCCACCUUGUUGUUAUACCAGUGCAGGAUGUGAUUGGCUAUGGGAGUGAGGCACGAUUCAAUCAACCGGGAAGUGACUCGCCAAGCAACUGGUCGUGGCAGCUGGACAGUUUAGAUGAGCUCUACGAACCCGCCAUCUUUGACAGACUCGUGAAGCUACUAGAGACUUCCGGACGCGUCAAGGCUAUCAACGAUUCUUUCCCCAAGUAG